AUGGUACUAAAACAAAAUAAAAGACUUUUAAAACAUUUUUUUUCGGUAACGGAUCAGAAGUCGGAUAUCGCACUAAAGAAACCUCCCGAGCUAAAGAAGCCUCCUGAGCUAAAGAAACCUCCCGAGCUAAAGAAAUCUCCUGAGCUAAAGAAACCUCCUGAGCUAAAGAAACCUCCCGAGCUAAAGAAAUCUCCCGAGCUAAAGAAAUCUCCUGAGCUAAAGAAACCUCCCGAGCUAAAGAAACCUCCUGAGCUAAAGAAACCUCCCGAGCUAAAGAAGCCUCCUGAAAACCCCCCCGGGCUAAAGAAACCUCCCGAGCUAAAGAAACCUCCUGAGCUAAAGAAACCUCCCGAGCUAAAGAAGCCUCCUGAGCUAAAGAAACCUCCCGAGCUAAAGAAACCUCCCGAGCUAAAGAAAUCUCCUGAGCUAAAGAAACCUCCUGAGCUAAAGAAACCUCCCGAGCUAAAGAAACCUCCUGAGCUAAAGAAACCUCCCGAGCUAAAGAAACCUCCCAAGCUAAAGAAACCUCCUGAGCUAAAGAAACCUCCUGAGCUAAAGGAACCUCCUGAGCUAGAAGAAGCAUGUCCCGUCAGUUGA